AUGUGGCCUGCAGGAAGUGCCAUUCCGACGAGAAAUAUUACCGGUAGUUUGAACGGUCCAUUCAGUGUCUUCGUCACUGCCAAUGGUGAUGUUUAUGUCGACAAUGGCUACAAGGGUCGAGUCCGCAAAUGGACAUUAAAUGCUACGACCAGUGUUACUGUAAUGUAUGUCAGUGACGUAUGUUACGGACUCUUUGUCGACAUGAACAAUACUAUUUAUUGUUCUCAAGCGCAUACUAAUGUAGUUGUGGCUAGUUCACUCGAUGGUAAUGCAAACUCAUCGAAGAUCGUUGCAGGCAAUGGUUCUUCUGGAUCAACAUCAAAUAUGCUUUACUUUCCCAUGGGAAUAUUUGUCGAUAUCAACUUUAAUUUGUACGUCGCUGACUCUGAUAAUAAUCGGAUUCAGUUUUUUAAAUAUGGACAAAUGGAUGGGACGACAGUGGUAGGAGAAGAAGCAUCAGUAAGUUUCGCACUCAGGAAUCCAACAAGCAUCGUUCUGGAUGCCAACAGCGAUCUGUUCAUUGUGGAUUCAUAUAAUACUCGAAUUGUAAGAUCAAGCUCUACAGGAUUUCGAUGUGUAAUUGGAUGUACGAAUGCAGGCGGUUCGAACUCCGAUCAAUUACCAUACCCAUGGGCUCUUGCUUUUGAUAGCUAUGGCAACAUAUUUGUUAGUGACUAUAGUAAAAAUCAACUACUAAAGUUUAUUUUCACAACAAAUUCUUGUGAACCAUCGUUUAACCAACCUGAACUUUGUCCGACUGCGUCAUGGAACUUGAACGCCAUCACUUUUGCAGAUAACAGCACAGUGGGUCUAUUUCCUCGCAGUAUUUUCAUCGAUAUUAACAAUACCGUCUACGUGGUUGAUCGAACUCAUGGAUUCGUUCAAGUGUGGCUUGAUGGAAAUAUCAUUCCGACAAGAAACAUUUCCGGUAAUUUUACCUCUCUCAAUAAUCUUUUUGUCACUAUUAAUGGUGAUAUUUAUGUUGACAAUAAUUAUCCCAACGGUCGAAUAGAUAAAUGGUCAUAUAAUGAUACAACCAGUGUAACUGUAAUGUAUGUCAGUGCACGAUGUGACGGACUCUUUGUCGACAUGAACAAUACUAUUUAUUGUUCUCAAUCGGAGACUCAUAUAAUUGUUGCCAGCUCACCCGAUGGUAAUGCAAACUCAUCGACGAUCGUUGCAGGCACUGGUUCUUCUGGAUCAACAUCAGAUAUGCUUGACUCACCUACCGGAAUAUUUGUCGAUAUCAACUUUAAUUUGUAUGUAGCCGAUUCUGAAAACGAUCGGAUUCAGUUUUUUAAAUAUGGACAAAUGGAUGGCAUGACAGUGGCAGGAGUAGAAGCACCAGUCAGCUUCGCACUCAGCAAUCCAACAAGUAUUGUCCUCGAUGCUGACAACUAUCUAUUCAUUGUAGAUAGUAAUAAUAACCGAAUCGUAAGAUCAGAUCCUACAGGAUUUCGAUGUUUAGUUGGAUGUACGGAUGCAGGUGGUUCGGACUCCGAUCAAUUACGCUAUCCCUGGGCUCUUGCUUUUGACAGUUAUGGCAAUAUCUUUGUUACGGAUGAAUACAACAACCGAAUUCAGAAAUUCAUUUUUCAAACGAACUCUUGUGUGCAUGAGUCUUGGCAUAUUCCUUCGGGUAUAAUUUAA